UGGGGUUUCCAUGUCACCAAGUUCAAUAACAAAACAUGCACCAGUAGCACAAAUAGAAUGCAAAUAGGGAGUUUAUUAGGGAUUUUAGUACACUGGGGAAGAAGGGGGAAUUCACCAAUCACCUCACAGUCCACAAGCCGUUCUUGUUGUUCGUUCCGUUUUCCAGGGGUAAUCCUCACACCCGGGUCCUUAGCCAAUCUGGUCCAGUACCCAAGGGGUGUAGUCCGACAGUCCAGGUCACAACGGGUAAUCACACAGAUAUUGUUCUCUCUUCUCCCACUCUUCAUAUAGCACUUUGUUCUCUCCUUACUCUGCCCCUUUGUGCAGGCUGCUUCCUCCUUUAUCCCCAAGCACUGCCCCAACGUCCACAGCCUCGCUUCGUUGGGGCAGGAAGACCAUAUAAGGCUCGGGGGUGGAGCCAGAGACCUGCAAGAUAUCUCCCCUCAAUAACCCCUCCCCUCACCUCUCUCUGCUGUCUGCCACAAUAUAUUUAUAAAAAAAAGAUAUAUGGGGGAUUGGAAAUGAUGCAGACAAUUACAUUGAUAGAAGCCACAAUCUAUUUGCAAAAUUAAAACUGAUGCACCCCUAAAAAACAUUAAAAAAAAAACUUUCAGUAUUUGUGGGGCUAUCUUCUUCCACAUUAGAGUAGUUUAUGGCAACUACUUUUUACUUGAAAGGCAGAGCUAAUGUUAACUCAAGUGUUUGCUUUUUGAACUUCUUUAAACUGGACCAAAAACACUUUCAAAGCAGCAGAAAUAAUGUGAGGUAGAUUUUUAUCAGGACCGUAUUGUUUAACACGGUAAAGAGCUUUCAGAUAUGAUUUAACGAUGAGACAGCUCAAUGUUGAUAUUUGCCAUUUUAUUCAUAGGAAAGUAACUCAUGUUUGUAAUCCCCUCUUGAUUUAAAGGGGUAAUCUGCAGUUCAAACAAUAACAAAGCCGCCACACCACCACUGUUUUGGUAAACAGCUGAGGGAUGGGUCUGGUGAUAUGUAACCACUCAAAUUCAUAGACAGAGCUAUGGAUGCAAGGACUUACCAUCGAUGAGAUCAACACAGUUCUGACCAUGUUCUGUAAACAAAGCAUAUCAUGUGGGUUCUGAUGGGGUAUGACAGUUUAACUAAGCUCAUGAGGUGUUUAGAAGUUCUACUCUUCAAGAAUCAAUGGCUAUAUGUAUCAUUCAUUUAAAAGUCCCCAAAAAUGUAUGUGCCAAUCGCAGAUUGCCUCUUUGAGCUAAAGCACCCAGAGGUGCAGUGUUUUGUAGCAGUGUACUGUAACAGCAGGCGCACUACACGGCACCACUUAUAGCCUAGCGGAAGCUCCAAAUUAAUUAGGAUCGUUAUAAUAUUUAUUUCUACCAGGCACCAUUUCUCAUUUUCUCCUACAAUUUGUACCGUGUCUAUUCCUACUAUAUUUUCUGUCACUCAGUACAGCUGUCUCGUGUGCUCUCUCUCUUCCUCUAAUAUUAGCUCAGUUCUCUUUCUUGAUCUAUUACCGCUCAUCUCACACUGUCUUGCCCUCCUCUGUCUCUUGCCUUGUCAGCCUGUCCUACUCAACUCUUUCAAUUUAAAUUCCUUUUGGAAUCCAGUUUAAAUGCAUGCAGGAAGGCGUCACUGUCAGGACAAAUAAACAUUUAGCAGGGGUAACAAAUCAGACAGUUGACAAAAUAACUCACUGUCCAGAGUUAAGAUGAAGUUAUGGGAUGUGAUGGAAGUAUAUUAGAUUUGUUUUUACCCCGUGGCUACUUCCUGUGUUCAGUUAUGCCGGCCCUCCCUAAAUCUCACUACUCUAGCUGUAAUCUACUUUGAAGAUUUUUACACAUUUUGCCAUCCCUCCUCAACUAAUUAUCCUAUUUUUCGAUGCCUUUGUCUCUCCUUUUUUUCUCUCGCUCCAUUUCUCUCUCUCUCCUGGCUUCCCCUAUUUCUUACUCGCUUUGUGCUCUUUAAGUUUUCCUUGAGUGACUAAUUCUGGUAGCCAUGUGAGUUUCUAUGUGAGUGUGAACUAUCUGUGUGUGUGCUGCCUCCUUACCUCUGAAAUAUAGACAUGAAGUCCUGUGGAGCAUCUCAAUUACAUACUCCACAAGUCCUCUCUCCUCACCUCCUUAAAACCCAUUGGAGUAGAAGGUCAGAGGGGAGGGACCUCUGGCUUGUUCAUCCAAUGGAUUUUAAGAAGGAGGCGAGGGGAGAGGAUGCGAGGUGUAUGCAACUGAAAUUCUCCCCUAGUCAGGUGUGUAUCAUAUCACUUUGCUCCAGCCAUAUAUUAUGUCAUAUAGUUGUAUAUUAUGUUAUAAUGAGUCCUCCCGUCCAGCAGGUGGUGGACCAGGCAGCCAGAAGACCAUUCUCCAUGAGGAGUAGUGGAAGAUGCCGGCUCUGCCAGCGCUGCUGCUGUCGAUUUACUUCCUCUUCCUGUUGCUGACCAUGGCCCUGCUCUCUUUCACCCAGGCUCCCGCGCUCUCCUCCGUCAGAAUGGCGGCCAUUUUGGACGACCAGUCGGUGUGUGGGCGAGGGGAGCGGCUAGCGCUGGCCCUGGCCAGGGAGAACAUUAACAGUAUUUUUGAGGGCCAGUCCAGAGCCCGGGUGGAGGUGGACAUCUUCGAGCUGCAGAAGGACUCACAGUACGACACCACCGAUACCAUGUGUCAGAUAUUGCCGAAGGGGGUGGUCUCUGUGAUUGGCCCCGCCUCCAGUCCUGCCUCAGGGUCAACUGUCAGUCACAUCUGUGGGGAGAAGGAGAUCCCUCAUGUGAAGGUGGGCCCGGAGGAGACGCCCAAACUACCAUACCUCCGCUUCGCCUCGGUCAGCCUCUACCCCAGCAACGAGGACCUGAGCCUGGCUAUAGGGGCCAUCCUCCGCUCUUUCAGCUAUCCCACCGCCAGCCUCAUCUGCGCCAAGGCAGAGUGCCUGCUGCGAUUGGAGGAGCUGGUCCGGCGCUUCCUGAUCUCCCGGGAAACACUGUCCGUUAGGAUGCUGGACGAAAGCCUGGACCCCACCCCCCUGCUAAAGGAGAUUAGAGACGAUAAAGUGGCUACUAUCAUCAUCGACGCCAAUGCUUCCAUCUCCUACCUCAUCCUCAGAAAGGCAUCAGAACUGGGGAUGACAUCAGCGUUUUACAAGUACAUACUCACCACAAUGGACUUUCCCCUGCUGCGAUUGGACGACGUGGUGGAUGACCAAUCCAACAUCGUAGGUUUCUCCAUGCUCAACAGCAGCCAUCCCUUCUACCUGGAGUUCAUCAGGAGUCUCAACCUGUCCUGGAGGGAGGGCUGUGACCUCAGCCCCUACCCCGGCCCGUCGGUGAGAACCGGAAUCCUUCUGUCGUCGGCUCUUAUGUUUGAUGCGGUGCAUGUGGUGGUGGGGGCGGUGCGUGAGCUCAACCGGAGUCAGGAGAUUGGAGUGAAGCCGCUCAGCUGCACCACUCCUCAGAUCUGGCAGCACGGCACCAGCCUGAUGAACUACCUGCGCAUGGUGGAGUAUGAUGGGUUGACCGGCAGGGUGGAGUUCAACAGCAAAGGCCAGAGGACAAACUACACCCUGAGAAUCCUGGAGAAGCACCGUGGGGGUCAUAAAGAGAUCGGGAUCUGGUACUCUAACAACACGUUGGCGAUGAACUCGACGUCUCUGGAUAACAACAUGUCGGAGACGUUGGCUAACAAGACGCUCAUCGUCACCACCAUAUUGGAGAACCCGUAUGUGAUGCAUAAGUCCAACUACCAGGAGCUGCAGGGAAACGACCGGUACCAGGGCUUCUGUGUGGACAUGCUAAGAGAGCUGUCGGACUUGUUGAAGUUCUCCUUCAGGAUCAAGCUGGUGGAUGACGGGCUGUACGGAGCGCCUGAACCGAAUGGAUCCUGGACAGGCAUGGUGGGAGAGCUCAUCAAUAGGAAAGCAGACUUGGCGGUAGCUGGGUUCACCAUCACCUCAGAGAGGGAGAAGGUGAUAGAUUUCUCCAAACCCUUCAUGUCUCUGGGCAUCAGCAUCCUGUACAGAGUCCAUUUGGGACGGAAGCCAGGUUAUUUCUCCUUCCUGGACCCGUUCUCUCCGGCCGUGUGGCUCUUCAUGCUGCUGGCCUACCUGGCUGUCAGCUGUGUGCUCUUCCUAGCCGCCAGGUUGAGUCCGUAUGAGUGGUACAACUCCCACCCGUGUCCUAUGGGGCGAAAGGACGUGCUGGAGAACCAGUACACCCUGGGCAACAGCCUGUGGUUCCCCGUGGGGGGCUUCAUGCAGCAGGGCUCUGAGAUCAUGCCCCGCGCCCUGUCCACGCGCUGCGUCUCCGGGGUCUGGUGGGCGUUCACUCUAAUCAUCAUCUCCUCCUACACGGCCAACCUGGCAGCCUUCCUUACUGUUCAGAGGAUGGAGGUGCCCAUCGAGUCUCCUGACGACCUGGCUGACCAGACAAACAUCCAAUAUGGCACCAUCCAAGGAGGCUCCACCAUGACCUUCUUCAUGAACUCGCGCUACCAGACGUACCAGCGCAUGUGGAACUACAUGCACUCCAAGCAGCCCAGUGUGUUUGUGAAGAGCACAGAGGAGGGCAUCGCCCGCGUGGUCAACUCUAAAUACGCCUUCCUGCUGGAGAGCACCAUGAACAAGUACCACCGCCGCCUCAACUGUAACCUCACCCAAAUAGGUGGUCUUCUCGACACCAAGGGCUACGGCAUCGGCAUGCCCCUGGGCUCGCCGUUUAAAGAGGAGAUCACUCUGGGGGUGUUACAGCUGGCAGAGAACAACAGGCUGGAGAUCCUGAAGAGGAGGUGGUGGGAAGGGGGGCAGUGCCCCAAGGAGGAGGACCACCGAGCCAAGGGUCUGGGCAUGGAGAACAUCGGGGGCAUCUUUGUGGUGUUGAUCUGUGGCCUCAUCGUCGCCGUGUUCGUGGCCGUCAUGGAGUUUGUGUGGUCCACCCGCCGCUCGGCAGAGACAGACGAGGUACGCCCUCACUCCUGCCCCGGCCGAAACCACAGACACCCUCCAGUGUCAGUGUGUCAGGAGAUGCUGACUGAGUUCCGCAACGCCAUCUCCUGUAAGAAGAGCUCACGCUCUCGGCGGCGGCGUCCCUUGGCCAGCACUGGCGGCGUCCUGCGCCACCCCACCCGCCUCCAGCUGGGUGUCCCGAGACCCAUCCGCCUAGUCCGCGAGAUGCGCCUCAGUAACGGCAAGCUGUACAGCAGCUCGGGCCACCUGACUGGCGGAGGGGGAGCAGCAGGGGGUGGAUGCGGGGCCGUAGGGGGGGGGCCCUCAGACAUGGGCCCGGGGCCACAGCGCCUCCUGGAGGACCCGCUGGGUGCCAACACCACAACUCCCCCUCCCCCGGCCGAGGCUGCCACAGCGCCACCCUCCCGGAGCUGUGCCCACGUGCGGAUCUGCCAGGAGUGUCGGCGCAUCCAGAGCCUGAGGUCAGCAUCGUCCUGCUCACGCAUCCCGCCCCACCUCGGCCCACACUCUUCCAUGUCCCUGCCCCGCCUCACUCCACCCCCGCCACCCUCCUCCACCAACACCGACAGCGAGGGGGGCGGCUGCGGCACAGCGAGCCCCAAGCGACCCAAACCUAAGCCCACGCCCCCUCCGCGGCCCUUACCCCCGGCGAAGGCGCCCACCACAGACCUGCUGCUGGGGAAACAAGACUGAGGAGGGACGGAGGGAUCGGACAUGUGACAAGAGUCGAGGGUUAAAAGUCAAAGGUCAGGGUUCAACAGAGAAACGCGUAGGAACGAGGAGCGGAAGGGGCUGUGAGCUUGUAGCGCAUUGACACGGCAGGAUCAAACCACUCUGACCCGUUUGAGGGGGCGGCGAAGGGGUUAUUCUCCAGGGCAGAAUUUGCGGAGACACCAACCUAGUCAAGGCUGUCCUCCUAAACCAGGAGUCCUGCUAAGCAAUGGAACAGGCUGUCUAUGGAGUGGGAAAUUACUUUUGACCACAUAUGACCGUUAGCUGCCUACGGUGCAGUGAGAGACCAUGUGGUGACCGUUCAACAGUAGGCAUAAGUGUGUUCAAGCUGCCUGCUUUGGCUUUUGACCUUCUCUCUCUCUUUCACUUGGAUCUGAUGGGAGGACUUGACCUAUCCAACAAGCGCCGGAGAGGUUCAGGGGACCAUAAGACUUCAAACACACAGAAACUCUAGCGCUUCAAGAAGUUGGUUCUCACAAGAAGAUGCAUAUUUUUUUCCCCAGAGCAGCUGGAAGAGCUUGAACUUUGGGAUCUGUGUUUUCGAUUUGCUUUCUCUCAGAGUCUAACUCGCCUAAUUUAUUUUCUAUCUUGCUUUAUUUAGAAUAUCUUUUUAUUGUCAUCAUUGGUUUCUUGGUCACUGUUUAGUUAUUGACUCGUGUUUUUGGUCUGUCAUUAAAGAUCCUUAAGAAAGCCAAUGUGGAGAUCAUAACCAUUCGUGCAUAAAUGAGGUCUCUUUCCCACCAAUCACAAGCCCGGGAACAAAGUUCAAAGGUCAAUAGUCUAAAGUGGCCUUCUCUAAAACAUAUACUGACAGUACACCCAGAUCACAGGACUCAAUAUUACAGUCUGUGUUUGCUUGUCAGAGUAGCAGAGUGUGGCUUUGCCUUCCACUGAUCAACAAGCCAGUUUUGCCACAGAGUUUCAAACACAGAGUUAGUGUAUCGUAGCCCCAUCAAAUGACAGAGCAGCGGAGCUACAGAGCACAGUUAAACGACACGGUACGUUGUGAAUCCUUCAAACAGAUCAGAAUUUAAGAAAGUGGAUAUAAAUAGCAAGAGAAAAGGAGAAUACCAAACUCAGCACAAGGAAUGACAAAUGAGACGAAACGAUGAUUGCGUAUAGUUAUACGAAGCAGAACAGGAGAAACGUAAUGCACAGUCCUGUCUGGCCAAUGGUAAGAGGAAACCUGUGUUAAUGUGUGUUCUGUGUGAUUCAUAUGGUAAGAGGAAACCUGUGUUAAUGUGUGUUCUGUGUGAUUCAUACGGGGGUCAUAAGUGUGUAUGUGUGUGUGUGUGCAUACAGAGGAAAGAAUGGGUCAAAGUGCAUUUUGUCAUAUUUAAUGCUCUUUCUUUCUUAUUUCCCCUCAGAUUUCUAUACCAGUGCUAAAUGGAUUAUUAAGAAAAUGACGACAAAAUGUAUAUUAUUACGAUUAUAUUGUUAUUAUUAUUACUGUUGAAGUGUGGGGUACUGUAAGAGGGGCGUAGUCGUCUUAUGUUAAAUAUAUAGACUCACAAAAGGUAUUUGGAAUAAAAAACAGUA